AUGGCUAUAAUAGCACAGUUCCAGGGAGCGAACAUAUGGAGAUACUCGGAGUAUCUAAUCGCACGGUCUCUGGCCUUCUCAGAGACAAAGACGGAUUAUGUUCGCAAUGGACAAGGCAGACUGAAAUCAUUAACUGUCUCAAAGGGUCUAUUGCGAGAAACAGAGAUUGUUCAGAAGCAAAUUAAGGCUCUUUUGAAAUGUGAUGUGCGCAUAUACCAUCUUGCGUUUCUCCUGAGUGAUGAACCCGAUAAUGAAAUCACUUUAACUGGCUUCCGGCUGGUGACGCUUGAUCUGUUGACGCUUUACUCUGUUAUGAAUGAGGGUGUCAUCAAUGUCCUGGGUUGGUGGCUCUCUGCCCCUUUUGGCAUCGCCCUAACGGACGACGUUGUUGCAUUUUUACGAGUUGCCAGACAGUACGAACAUGCUACUCGACUUGAGAUACCCAAUUUAAAGCAUGCAUCUACGGAUUUGGCGAAGUUGCUAGAAGAUGACCUGCAUGACCCCGAUUUUGCAAUCCGCCGGAAGGAAUACCGUGAACAGAAGUUUGGAAAAUCCAAAGGUGAAAGUAGCUCAGCGUCAAAAGCUGCAAAAGCACAACCCUCGUCCAAGGCGAACAAUAGCACGUCUUCUAAAGACGUACCAAGUUCUGGUACUAAAGCUCCAGCUGCGGAUCUAAUCGACUUCUUUGGGUCCAUUGAAGAAAAUCAACCACCAGCGAAUCAACAGCUACCACCACAACAACCACAGCAGCAGAAUAUGCCAAUGCAAUUCCAACAAACAGGUUUCCAGCAGCAGCCGGUACCAGCCGAGUUCCUACAGAAUCAAACGGGAUUUGCCCCCAAUCCAAUGGGACAAAACAUCAACCCGUUCGGCCAGUACGAUACACAAAUGCAACAACAGCAACAGCAACAACCUCCAGCGGCCCAGCCACUACAAGCUUCUCACACAGGCGCCGGAUUCGGAGGUUACACCCCACAGCCUUUCCAGAGUCCAAGUCCACUUUCUGCUAUUCCACAGAACGGGGCUGUUCCCUUCCAGCGACCCAUGACAGCGGGUGCCACACCACGAGCCAACAACCCUUUCCGACAGUCUAUGCUUCCCACCGCAGACAAUUUAUCAUCCCCCCAGUUACAGUCUCCUUCAACAUUGGCUAUGAAGCGACAAUCUACCAACCCGUUUGCCAAACAACCUCCUGCCAUCCCUCCACAGUACCAAAUUCCCAACCCCAACCAAUAUCCCAUGCCAUCAUCAUCUCCACCCCCUUCACAACAACAGCCUCAGCCCCUUCAGCCUCAGCGAAUAGGAACAAACCCGUUUGCGCGGCCUCAGCCACAACAAAGCCAGGAAGCACUGCCGGCCCAACGUCUACAGCCAAACCCAACUGGCAGCACAAACCCUUUCCGCCAAAGUGCUUUUAUAAACCAAGCCACGGGUCAAGGAUGGCAGAACGUUCCGCAAGGAACAAUGGGCGGACUAGAGAAGCUAGAAACCAUCCCUGUGUUCCCUCGGCCAGGUCAAAUGGCAUAG